AUGUCAUCAACCUCCUCCUUUCAAAAGACCUUCUUGCUCUAUGGGCCCCUCCCAGUGAAGAAACUGGCUGCUCCUGAUAAUGGUGAGCUCUGGAUGGACGGGAGUACUCCAUUGACGAUACAAGAAGCAACACAAGGCAAGUCAGAUCUGUCGUUUCCACCCACGUUUAUGUGGGGCGCGGCCACGGCGGCGUAUCAGAUUGAAGGCGGGUUGAGGAAUUGCAACUGGUCUCGAUGGGAAGAUCAAAAAACACGACAGCACGAUGGACAACCGACGGUGGAACAUCACGAAACCGCCGUAAAGGCGUGUCGGGCAUGGGAAAUGUUUGAUACGGACUUGGAACACAUGAAAAAGUUGGGCAUGAAGAUGUAUCGAUUUUCCGUAGAAUGGUCACGGAUUGAACCCGCGUGUGGCUCAUUUGACGCCACAGCUGUGGAACGAUACCAAUCAUGGUGUCAACAACUAGUGGAUGCGGGAAUUGAGCCAAUGGUCACGUUGCAUCAUUUUACAGAACCAGCAUGGUUUGUGGAAAAGGAAGGUUGGGAGAACCGAGACAAUCUGCAAUUCUUUCAACGAUUUGUAAUUCACAUUACGCAAGCAUUGGCACCUCACUGCCGAUAUUGGACGACCAUUAAUGAGUUGAACGGAUAUGCCAUUUGCGGUUGGAUUGCCGGGGUUCAUCCGCCUGGAAAGGUGAAUGAUCUCUUUGGAAUGUUACGAGUCGCAAGACACCUGCUCGUGGCUCACACGCUGGCGGCGGCAGCCAUUAGAGCCAGCUCUGCCGUGGUCCAAAAACAAGAUCCGGUCAUUUGCUUGGCACUCAAUCAUGUCUACUUUCUACCCUUUGAUUCCAAUCAGCAUCCAAUACCUACUACUUCCCCCUUGGCGCUGCUUGCAUGGUUACUCAACCGACUACUCUCCACUAUCGUGUCACUCUUUUUGAAUUAUGUCUACAAUUUCGUCUUUUUGGAUGCCAUCUUUUCUCAACAGCAUGCGGGACGGUUCCCACUCUUUCCCUUUCCGUUUCAUAUUGCCGCACUGCUCGCAGGAUGGAACGACGACAUUGCCAACCUCAAGGGAAGUGCCGAUUGGAUUGGAGUCAAUCAUUACUAUCGUUCCUAUGUUCAGUUUGGUCGGACUCGUGGCUCUACUACUAGUACACCGCAACAAGCGUCUCCUACGGACAUGUUCAUUGCCUUGCCCGUCGUGGGAAUGGAACUACGAGCCACUGCCAUUGCCAAUUUUGAAAAGAACGAAAUGGGAUGGGACCUUACACCCUCCAGUAUGGAACGGUUGCUUCGAAUAUUGGCGGAUCGAUACCCGAAUGUACCCAUCAUCAUUACAGAAUCAGGGACAGCGGAUACGACGGAUACCAAACGAGUGCGAUACAUUGCCGCCAUUCUAAGAGCCAUGUACAAUCUCAUGAAUAACAGCAACAACGAUAACAACACGAAAGCCGUUGAUAUUCGUGGAUAUUUGAUCUGGACGUUGAUGGACAACUUUGAAUGGGCAGAAGGAUAUCGGCCCAAGUUUGGACUGUUGGAAACCAAUUUUGAAACAUUGGAACGAACGGAGCGGAAACUAACUUGUGACAUGCUUCGAAAGGUGUUUUGCCAAGAUGCCAGUGGCUAG